AAAGAAAAGGUUUUAGAAUGUCAAAGUUUUCACUUGUGUAUAGUCAUGGUUCUCAUAGUUCAAUAUGUGGUUAUUGUGGAUCAAACUUUGGAUCCAGUAAGUUUGCUAUAACAGCAACUAGUUUAAAUUGUAAGGAUUAUCAAGAUUUGGUUGAUCGUGGUUGGAGACGUUCUGGUGGUUACAUAUAUAAACCUCAUAUGAAAAAAAGUUGUUGCCCACAGUACACAAUAAGAUUGGAUGCAAAUAAAUUUAAUGUCUCCAAAUCUCAACGAAAAUUGAUCAAUCGAUUCAAUAGAUAUAUUGAAGGAACUUAUGAUCCAUCUAAUAAUAAAGAUAAUAAAGAUGGAGAUGAUGAAGGUGAUGAAAAAUCAAAAGGUAAUUCUCAACAAAAUAAAUCAAAGAAAGAUACAAGAGCAAGUUCGGGUUUUGAUUUAGUCAAGAUCAUUAAUGAGGCUGAAGAUCGACAAGACUGGAAACAUCAUUUAAGGAUCGUGUUUGAAAAAUCAUCUUUUUCAAGAGAAAAGUAUGAACUUUAUUACAAAUAUCAGAUCAAUAUUCAUAAUGAUGAUCCUUCUGAAGUUACUGAAGGUGGAUUUCGAAGGUUCCUUGUGAAUUCACCUUUACAAUUUGAAUCAGUGAAUAAUCCGAAUACACCAGGAUAUGGAUCAUUUCAUCAAUGUUAUUAUUUGGAUAAUAAACUUAUUGCAGUUGCAGUUCUUGAUGUUUUACCAAAAUGCAUCUCUUCAGUUUAUUUUUUGUAUGAUCCGGAUUAUAAUUUUUUACAAAUUGGAAAAUAUAGUGCACUUAGAGAAAUUGUAAUGGCACAAGAACUUUAUAAUGCUGGGUUACAAGAUUUACAUUGGUAUUAUAUGGGAUAUUAUAUUCAUACAUGUCAAAAGAUGAAAUAUAAGGGACAGUAUAAACCAUCUGAUUUAUUAGAUCCUGAAACAUACGAAUGGUAUUCUUUUGAUAAAUGUUCAGCGCUUCUUGAUAAGCAUAAUUACGUAUCAUUUGCGAAUCCACCAAAUCCACCAAAUCCACCAACAGAAAAUAAUAAAGAAUAUGAUAGUGACGAUGAUGAUUACGUGGAUGAACCUCCACCAGGAAUGUUGGAUCCAGAAAAAGUCUCGGAUAAAGAUAUUGAAACUAUUAAAGUGAAUUACAAGGGAAUUAUUAAACAAUUUGGGGAUAUACCUGAAUUAAAAAAUGAUGGUAUAAAAAAUAGAAUGAAGGAAUAUUAUGCAGCAGUUGGAAAAGAAUUGGCUGAAAGGAUGGUUUAUAAAUUUUAUUAUUAGAUUUAACACGCGUUUAAAGUACAAAUAAAUGUUUAUUUUAUAUUAAUGUAUUUCUUUUAAUUACAUGUAAUAUAUACAGUAAAUAUAUACAAGUAAAUAUAUACAAAUCACUAUUUUAUCUAAUUUUAAAAAUAUUUAAAAU